ACGAUGGAGGCGUCGAUAGUGGAGGCUUAACCGGCUGAUAACAUGAAUAAUAACCAUAGAAAAGGUACAAUUUCGGAUAUCAUAUUUGAUUUCUCAGGAGAAGACCCGCUGUGCAGACAUCCGGCUGUUCUUGGAGACAAAGCCUGAGUGCGCGCCGCAUCCUUCCGUGUUAUUGUCGGACGAGGCCCGCCCAUACUCCAGAGCAUCAGUCGGAAACCCUGCUGCAAAAGACAAUACACAUCACAUCGGAGGAAAUGUCAGAGUCCUGUCAGCCGGAUGACAUUUUCAGCAGAUGAGAGGUGGAUCAAAAGAAGCGUUUUGCCAAUAGAGCAAUGGAUGCUUCAAAAUAAUAACCUGCCAUAUUAAAUAACAGCACAUUCCACCUCCUAUUAUGGACUUUCCAGGUCAUUUCCAGCACAUUUUCAAGCAGCUCAACCACCAGCGCCUCCAUGCUCAGCUGUGUGACUGUGUGGUGCUGGUUGGAGGCCAGAGCUUCCAGGCUCACCGCUCCAUCCUGGCCGCAUGCAGCUCCCACUUCAGGGCUCUUCUGAGCUCCAAUGACAGUGGUGAUGAGGUUGGCAGACCAGGAGCGGACUCGGGUGGAGGUGGGGACCCCAGCGUGAUGGAACUAGAUCCAGAGGUGGUGACCCCAGAGGCCUUUUCCACCUUGCUAGACAUGAUUUACACCUCCACCCUCUCCCCUGGGGCCUCCAAUGUGAUGGAUGUGCUACUGGCGGCGUCGCACCUGCAUCUCAACACUGUGGUCAAGGCCUGCAAGCUCCACCUGUCCAGGAAGAACUUUCCUGCAUCGCCCCCGAAAGGGUGGAGGUCGGUGCAACAGCAGCAGCAGUUUCCAUCGUGCCCUGCAGAGAGGUCAGCCGUGCUGCAUCAGGCGGAGUGCAUCGAUGAGGAGGGAGUGGGAGUGGAGGUUAGUCAGUCUGGUGGGGUUGAAAUCCAUGGCGUGAGGGGGAUGGUCAGUGGGGAGCAGAGUGCUGCACCUAUUUUGAAGCACAAGAGGAAGUCUCAGGAGGACGGACUCGCUGGCAGAAAGAGGUCCUGCAGGCUGGCAGAGGGAAACUAUAAGGAGUGUUCAACUACUGUAACUAGAAGCACCGUCAGUGCAGAGGAGGGUGGAGAGGAGCUGCUGUCCCCGGACUGCCUGAAAACGACAGACGGACUCUGGGAGAGCCAAGGCGAGGAGGAGGAGGUGGAGGAGAAAUAUGAAGCAACUAAGGGAGAGUCGGAGGAGAUCCAGCUCCCGAGCCAAUCGGACUGCAGCACGGGAGGUGUAGGUGCAUGGAAGAUGGGUGGAGAUACUGAGGGAGACACUGUGGUCAAAGUAAAGGUGGGAGAAGAAGGGGAGGAAGAGGGAGAGGAGCCAAAUAUGCUGAUGAUUGAGGUGAAAAAGGAAAAUCUGAGCUCAUACUCCCCAGGUUUAACAAACAAUUCUCCUCUAUCUCCACCACAAGACUGCACAGACACUUUUGAAGCACAACUAGAUGAGGAGAAAAUGGCCACAGCCUGCCCAACCGUGUGUGAUGUUAGCUCUUUACAAGCUCAGCUGUGCACAGAUCUUCAAACUGAUGCACAGAGAGAGGCUGGGAAUUUGGGUGAGGGGUCAGUAGACAGUGAGGGACUAGACAGCCUGUCUGAACUUGCCUUUUCCUGUUUCCUCAACCCCAGUAGUGAAAGUGUAAUGGGAGCUUUGGAGGAAGAAGACAGCCUAGCUAGUCUCACUGCUGCUGCUACUGCUGCCGCCACUGCCAGUGAUGCUCCUGCAGCGGCUAAUGAACUGUAUCAAAACUCAGAAGAAGUCUCUUCUGCUCAGUCUUCUGAUUCCUCACUAGUUUUUCCAGUAACGACUGUCCCCUUGCAGCAGCUUCUCCCAACUCAGGGCCCUGGUUUCAGUGACACACUCAUCCUCCAGCCCACCCAGAACUCUUUAGCUGGGUUCCUGAGUGGCAUCGGACCAGGCCUCGGUCUGGAAACCUCCCUCGUCCAACCCUCCAGGGCCGGGAAGAACUCCGUGGCAACAACCUUCCGUCGCAUUGCCCCCAAGGUGCCGCCUGGAUCAGAAGCGGGCACAGACUGUUCCUCAGCGUCGGCGGGGGAUUCUGCUGAACGUCCGCCUCUAACCAGAGCUUCAGAGGACGUUCUGUCCAAGUGCAAGAAAGCAGCCGCUGAAGACCACGUGCUGCUGGUGGAAGGGGAGAAGAAGUACGCCUGCAAAAUCUGCUGUAAGACCUUCAUGAACCUGACUGACUGUAAGAAACACAUUCGUGUCCACACAGGAGAAAAGCCCUAUCCCUGCCCCAAGUGUGGCAAACGCUUCAGCCAGUCCUCUCAUCUGUAUAAGCACUCGAAAAAUACCUGCCUAAACUGGAAAGAUGAUCAAGCUUUUGCAGAUACACUGCUGUGACCUGCACUUACCUCAUAGACGUUUGUUGAGUCGCAGAACUCAACACAAUUCUUUGAACAAAAUGAACUCUGUAAACUAGAUUAUUUAUUA